AUGGCUUUUCUUGCUGUUAUUACCAUUGUUCUUGUUGAUUCUCAGGGAACUGAGGUCCAACUUAAAUUAGACAAGUCUUCAGGUGCUGGAUUUAGGUCAAAAUUGGACUACCAGUUCGGAAUGUUCCAUAUAAGGAUGAAGAUUCCAGACAAGAAAACCGAAGGAAUUGUUACGAGUUUCUACUUAACCGACCUAAUGGAUUCGAUGCACCCUAUUGAUCAUAUCGAGCUAAACUAUGAGUUUAUCGGAACAAACGGAACGAUGCGAACCAAUAUUUACGACAACGACAUGGGCCACAGAAUACAAGUUUUCAAACUUUGGUUUGAUCCAACACAAGAUUAUCACACCUACGAAAUCCUUUGGAACAACUACCAAAUACUAUAUAUGGUGGAUGGGAUUCCGAUAAGAGUGUUCAAGAACAACACGGUUGAAGGAGUGGCGUAUCUAACGAAGCCGAUGCACAUUGAAGGGACUAUAUGGGAUGACUCAACCGGGAGUAGUGGAUCUGUGAACUGGAGCAAUGCUCCGUUCAUCGCCCAUUUUCAAGAUUUCGGAUUCUACGCUUGCUCCGGAAAAGGGAAUAAUUUCUCGCAAUGUGCUUCCGAGGGGCGAUUAUGGAACCAGCCGAGUUACAGACAACUCAGUGAUGCUCAGAAACAACAAAUGGCUGAUUACAGAAAGAAGUAUCUGACUUAUGACUAUUGUUGGGAUCAGUCUACCAGGAAAAAGGAAUGCUCACUCAGUAGUACUGCUUGAAGUUUGAACACACACAAUAAACAUGUGUUUGUGCGUUUUUUAUUAUUUGUGAAGAAAUAAGACAAUUGUUUUUUUUUCCCCUUAAAUUGGAAUAUUUGUUAUAAGAGACGCUGCACCAAAUCCCCUUAAUUGUAUUCCAUGAAUUAAGACUCCAACUAUUUUCAUAA